AUUUGACCACAGCACACGCACACAUACUAAAUUUUCUUAUCGUCCUGCGCCGUUUCGUACGGGUAUUGAUCUUUCGCGGGUUCCCAGACCACAUUAAAACUUUGAAACCAUCAGUUCACAUCAGGAUUUUCAAACGGGAAGGUCCACCAAGUAAAAAAUUGUACCGAUCAUUUAAAAAUUAAAUUAAACUUGAUAAGAACAACAAAAAAGCGAAAUGACGGUUCAAGUACAAAAAGAACCAAGCAAAUUUCUUGUUUCUUUUUGUUGCUUUAAACCAUCAAAACCCCAUGCUAUAGUUUGUGCGAUUUUAUGGACGAUUUUUUUAAGUUUGAGUUUAAUCGCUUGUAUCAUGAUGUUUAUCGAAGUUAAAUUUCGCGCUGAGUUAUUAAACGAAGAUUAUGUUGAAGAAUUAGGUAAAAGAAAGCAUCUUCAUAAUGGUAGCGUUAUUUUUGCGCCGAAUGAAGCUAAAUUAUGCGAGAACAUGGAAAAAACUAUUUUUUUGGUUUCAAGUAUUUAUCAAAUGUGUGAGACAUCAACCAUAAAUUUCCUCGGCGCAAUUUUCUCUUUAUACUCAAUUUUAAAAUCGAAACCGUUAUUCAGCGUCCCAUUUUUCUUCUCAUCGUUUUUAACAGGAAUUUCCGCCACUUUUCUAUUUGCCAUAAACGGUUAUUGGAAGGAAUUAAUGCUUUUACCCAAAGAGAAAUUACUGUACGUCUCGUGUAUAUCAUCGAUUUUUGGGAUAUUAAUGUUAUCAAUUUGGAUUCCUUUGGCCGUUUAUAACCUGGAUCAAUUAAAAAAAUUGGUUAGGGACGCCGAAAGAAUGAAUCCGUUGAGUUUUCGGGCUUUUGGCGGGAUGACGCACACGAUUAAACCGAAAAUGUUACCGAAAAAGUUUAUCGAAUCAAAUCAAAAAGUCGAAAAUUAAUUUAUUUAAUUAUUUUUGGUUGUAAUCUCGUCUUCCAAUUUGAUUUCAAUUCAUUAUUAUUAAAUUUAUCUUCUAAAAUCAAAAAGACAAAUUUUAAACAAUCAAAAAA